CAAUCACGUAACAUAUUGUGAUCUUUGUAUGUUUGACUAUUCUGUAGCAAGAUGGCGACUCCCCAAUCUCUGGAUAUUUCUGCCUUCGCAGCUCGACAGAUAGCCUUACUCGAGCACGAACUCGCAGCAGAGCUGGCCACGACUACACAGCAAGUCUCAAUCUAUGCCCCCACGACGCUACAGCGUGCUGGCCUCGCCGUGCUUAACCUCAGCGUCAACAACCAGCGCACAGGCUUCGGUGGCAAGACUCUUCUUGAGCUAGGUCUUGAUCCUGCCGUGGCCAGCAGUGGUGAUAAUGGCGAACUUCUACUGCCUCAGCAUGGUCUGCGUGUGGGCGAUAUCUGUUCCGUUGCGGAGCAGCCGCGGGGAGCACAGCGGAAGAAAGAACGCGAGGGCAUGGAGAAGCGAGGGUUGGAAGGUGUUGUGACGAAGGUUCAGAGGACGGCUUUGACUGUUGCUCUGGACAAGGACGAGGCGGAUGUCCCGAAUGGAAAACUUUGGCUUGUGAAACUUGCCAACGAUGUAACAUACAAGCGCCUGAACCAGACUAUGAAUCGCCUGCAGAAGAUGCAAGCAGCAGAACAUAGCAUCCUCACCCAAGUACUCUUCGGCCAAGCCUCCGUGUCACCAGUCGCUUCGAGUGAUCUUGACGCAGAUCUAAAAUGGUUUGAUGAUACCCUCAAUCCCAGCCAGAAGGAUGCCAUUCGCUUUGCUCUAGCCAGCCGCGAGGUCGCACUCAUCCAUGGCCCUCCAGGCACCGGUAAGACACACACUCUGAUCGAGCUCAUCCUCCAACUUCACGCCCGUGGUAAACGACUACUUGUCUGCGGCCCAAGCAACAUCUCCGUCGACAACCUCGUCGAGCGACUCGCAGCGGCCCAGCAUCGCUACACCGCCAAAACCCCCUCAAUCUUGCGCCUCGGACAUCCGGCGCGUCUUCUUCCCAGCGUCUUGAGGCACAGCUUGGAAGUCCUCACGCGCACGAGCGAUGCUGCGGCCAUUGUGGCGGACAUACGCUCCGAUCUCGAUGCCAAGCAAGCCUCGAUUCGAAAGACUCGCUCCGGCCGCGAACGUAAAGCGAUUUAUACCGAGAUGCGUGAGUUACGACAGGAGUUUCGAGCUCGUGAGGGACGCGUAGUAGGAGAUCUCAUGCGGACGAGUGAUGUUGUUCUCGCGACUCUGCAUGGAGCCGGUGGGUUUCAGGUGAAAGACCAAAGGUUUGAUGUUGUGCUCGUCGAUGAGGCAAGCCAGGCCCUUGAAGCUCAAUGCUGGGUUCCGAUUCUAGGAAGUGGAGCUUCGAAGGUGGUGCUAGCUGGCGAUCACUUGCAAUUACCGCCCACCAUCAAGUCGUUGAAUGAGAAGGCGCCGAAGACGCAAAAAGUGGAAAGCAAAUCUUCGGACAAGAAGGCCGAUGGAGCGAAAAGCCUGAAGGCGAUGGAAGACCUCGCUCUCGAUGACAAGGGAAAGGCUGAAAAGUCGAAGGGAAACAAAUCGAAAGAAGGACCACUUUCUCUCGAGACGACACUAUUUGACCGUAUUCUCGCAUUACAUGGCAACGACAUUAAGCGAAUGCUCACGACACAAUAUCGUAUGCACGAGGCUAUCAUGGCAUAUCCCUCCGCCGCGCUCUACGAAGAUAAACUCAUCGCGGCCGAUGCCGUGAAGAAGCGAUUGCUCAAGGACAUUCCCAUUGCAAUCAAGGACACGGAAGAUACCCGCGAGCCACUCGUCUUCUGGGAUACGCAAGGAGGCGAUUUCCCCGAGACGCUUGAGAACGACGAUGAAAAUGAUGAGCAAGGCGGGAGCACAGGCCGCAAGACUGGUGGACUAUUGGCCGAUAGUAAAAUCAACGAGAACGAAGCGGCGCUCGUCAGCUUACAUGUAUCCCGUCUGGUUGCGGCUGGACUUCCAGCGGAGGAUAUUGCUGUCAUCACGCCGUACAAUGGACAGCGAGCAUUGCUUGCACAGAGUCUGCCCGAACGGUUCCCGGGAAUCGAGAUCGGCAGUGUGGAUGGAUUCCAAGGUCGUGAGAAAGAGGCUGUAGUGGUCAGCUUGGUGAGGAGCAACGAGGAUGGUGAGGUUGGCUUUCUUGGAGAGAAGCGACGGUUGAAUGUGGCGAUGACACGACCGAAACGACAUCUUUGCAUUGUCGGCGAUUCAGAGACCAUCAGCAAGGGCUCCAAGUUCCUCAAAGCUUGGAUGCAGCAUUUGGAAGAGCACGCCGAUCUGCGGUACCCAGACGUAGCCGACCUUGCAUCGCAGGCAUGAACAAGCGUUGUGGGAGUUCGCAGAAGCGUAUUGCUCCUGGUCCCUCGUGAAACAAUCACUACUGGAAGCCUUCAUCCUCGAAUUUCUUUCUGCUCCGAAUUGAUCUCUGCGGGAUGUUGUUGGCGUCGCAACGACAUCUUCUUCGUUGAGUCCAAUGACGCAGGAUGUAGCUCAAGAGAGAGAAAGUCGACUUUCUCAGCCUCGUUCAUCGCUCGAUCUCCCACCCUUCGUGAUCUACCCCUCAUGUGUGCUAUUCAUAUUCACGAACUAUUGUUAUUAAUAUGGGGUUUCGAUAGUGACAACGGUCGACAACGAAGAGGGA